AUGCCUUUCUGGGAUCCUUUCGCGCGCAAAAUGGACAAGAGUUUCAACCAGCUGAACAUCGCUCAAAGUGAACAAGCCACUAUUCGAAGAGAACAUACUGGGGCAUUGGACGAUGUGGGAAUCUACGGUCAGAUGCGGAGCGCUCUCCUGAAUCCAAAGCAUGCGCAGAUCCGCGGCAUUCAGACAAUGUCACUUUGGCUUUGCGAGAUGAUGGAGACCAAUUAUGAUGCUCUAGUCGGACUGGAGGAUAGCAUCCUAUCCAAAAUCGACCCCGCCUACCCCAGCCAUCGCUGCGGUGGAUUCGACACUGACUGCACGGUUCCAGCUACGCCUGGCGGCCACAUCAACCUAUUUAAAUCGGUCGCCCUCAAGAGGGCGAAGCAUGUCAUCGCGGAGGAUGGCACCAUCGACUUAGUACCGCUGCUUAGUUAUCCGCCAACGGACUUUGCACAUCGUGGAGGCCUGUACUUUACCCACCAAAUGUGUACCAUCGAGAUAGCUGUCCCUCUCGACCAUCUCACCAAAGAGAACAUGCUUACCUUGGAUUUUGGCGACAUCUGGAAGGAGCUUGACUUCUACUCCCGACGCGACCAGUCAUACCCCAAGGAUCUGCGUCGCUUACGCCGUAAUCACAACAUUAUCCAUGGCCCCAUCGCCCACAAUGCCAACAUCGCGUUCGCCAAGAUGAAGGAUCCUAGCGGUAUUGAGAAGGAAGCAUUUAUUCAUGUCUGGCUGAAUGAAGAGGCUGUCAACAGGUUGAGCGAGGUGGUGAAGGAGAAGACCUGGAUGAGGAAGCCUGAGCAGGGCUACGCUCUUGUCGAAUCUCCGUGGAAGGAGUGA